UCUUCUCUCUUUUCCCGGUUCCUUGGCGUGAAGCUGGUGGCUCCGAUCUCCUGGCCCGACUAUCUCCCGCCAUCGGGGGCGGCCGUGGCCGUUGCAGGUUUUAGAAGAUGGCGAAGUUCAUGACGCCCGUGAUCCAGGAUAACCCCUCGGGCUGGGGGCCCUGUGCCGUGCCUGAGCAGUUCCGGGACAUGCCCUACCAGCCCUUCAGCAAAGGAGACCGGCUUGGAAAGGUGGCCGACUGGACAGGUGCCACAUACCAGGAUAAGAGGUACACCAAUAAGUACUCCUCGCAGUUUGGCGGCGGCAGUCAGUAUGCUUAUUUCCACGAGGAGGAUGAGACCAGCUUCCAGCUGGUGGACACAGCGCGUACGCAGAAGACCGCCUACCAGCGGAACCGGAUGAGGUUCGCCCAGCGUAACCUCCGCAGAGACAAAGACCGCCGGAACAUGCUGCAGUUCAACCUGCAGACCCUGCCCAAGAGCGCCAAGCAGAAAGAGAGAGAGCGCAUACGGCUGCAGAAGAAAUUCCAGAAGCAGUUUGGAGUGAGGCAAAAAUGGGACCAGAAAUCACAGGAGGCUGGUAACAACCUGCAGUGUGCGGAUGACACACUUGAUUGCUGUUAUGAGAGGGACUUCCACAGCAGCGAAGAAACGCUGACUGGUAAAGGUCAAAGACUCUACAGCCUUCACUGCACCCGCUCGGUGUAUUCCUGGGACAUCGUCGUGCAGAGAGUUGGCUCCAAGCUCUUCUUUGACAAGAGGGACAACUCUGACUUCGACCUCCUGACAGUGAGCGAGACGGCCAACGAGCCCCCUCAGGAUGAAGGCAACUCCUUCAACUCGCCCCGCAACCUGGCGAUGGAGGCCACCUACAUCAACCACAAUUUCUCCCAGCAGUGCUUGAGGAUGGGGAAGGAACGAUACAACUUCCCCAACCCAAACCCGUUCGUGGAGGACGACAUGGACAAGAAUGAGAUCGCCUCUGUGGCAUACCGCUACCGCCGGUGGAAGCUCGGCGAUGACAUCGACCUCAUUGUCCGCUGUGAGCACGACGGCGUCAUGACCGGCGCCAACGGGGAAGUGUCUUUCCUCAACAUCAAGACCCUCAACGAGUGGGACUCCAGGCACUGUAAUGGCGUGGACUGGCGUCAGAAACUGGACUCGCAGCGGGGGGCGGUGAUUGCCACAGAGCUGAAGAACAACAGCUACAAGCUGGCCCGCUGGACCUGCUGCGCUCUGCUGGCCGGCUCCGAAUACCUCAAGCUCGGGUGAGGCCUCGGGCCAGCACUGGGUGCAG